AGCUCGAGUUUGACUCGUUUUAAACAUUUUCGCUUUGGAAUUGGUUUUAGGAAUGGGCUUGGCCCGUAACCCGAAUACAAGAAGCUCAGAUUACUUAGACGGAAUGUUGGGUGACAACGGUGUCAAAACGAACAAAUGGAGGUCACAAAAGAGCACAUCGGCCCGACUUGUGACCCUCCUUACUUGCCUUCAAUUUGCAUUUGCUGUUUAUGCAACUUUCUUGUUAUACUACAUGAGCCCAUCCAUUGAUUUACGUACUACACCCAAACCCGAUUUCACUUGGGCUUCAAGAAUCGCGCAACAUUGGAAACAUUACAUUAUUCCACCACACGUUAUAAGCCGGUAUCAAGAAGCCACUUCAAACGUGAUCCUCGAACCACAACCCAUGGUAUCGAUCUCGACUCCUAUUGAAGUUUGUGAGCAUGAAAAAAUCGAGUUUGAACAAAAAAAGUCCAACGAUGCACUUAUGAUCAAGAUCAAAAGAGAGCUUUAUGAUGAAGUGCUUAAAUUUCAAAGCAAAAACAUUGGGACCGAGUCGUUAACAGAGUUGAUGGCAAUGAAGUCGAAAUGGGACAUGAAAAGUCCAGAAAAUACACCAAAAGUUACGGUUAUUUUAAACCAUUUUAAACGUAAGACCCUGUGUUCUCAAAUAGAGUCAUUGUUACAUCAAACUCUGCCUUUUCAUCAUGUUUGGGUGCUUUCAUUUGGAAGCCCAAACGAGGCCGGUUUAAAAAGAAUCGUCGAGAGCUACAACGACACGAGGAUAAGUUUUAUUAGCUCGACAUACGAUUUCAAGUACUAUGGGAGGUUUCAAAUGGCAUUACAAACCGAAGCUGAUCUUGUGUACAUUUUGGAUGAUGACAUGAUACCCGGGACAAAAAUGUUGCAAAUCAUGUCACAUGUUGCUGGAACCGAAAAAUAUAAGAAUUCGGUGUUGGGGAGUAUUGGAAGGAUCUUGCCGUUCCGGCAAAAGGAUUUUACGUUUCCGAGUUACCGCAAAUUUAGAUCGAAAGAAGCAGGACUAUAUUUGCCUGACCCUGCAUAUGACAUUACAGUUGAUAAAAUUGUCCAGGUUGAUUUUCUUUCAAGCUCUUGGUUUCUGUCAGCGGAACUAGUCAAAACUCUUUUUAUCGAGACUCCUUUCACGUUCAUGACAGGCGAAGAUCUGCAUCUAAGUUACCAACUUCAGAAGUACAGAAACGCGGGUUCAUUUGUGCUCCCUGUCGACCCAAAGGAUAAGGAAACUUGGGGCGACAGUGAGCACAGACUUGCCUACGUUUCUGAAACCACUGUCAUUUUCAAAGACGUGGUUCAAGUCCGAGAUGACCAAUGGUGGCGAGCUCUCUCAACCGGCUACGUAACUCAAUGGGCCGCGAUGAACCCUCAAAAAAUCGACGCCCUUUUCUACGCUCACUCAGUAGACGAAGUCAAAGCCUUGGCCCCACUCCUUGAGAAGUUUCGAUCAACUUUUGGGAAAAAGGCUUACAUUGUAGUCCCGGGGGGCGGGUUUUGUUCGUGUGAGGAAGCCACAUUAGCCCUGCAUUGGCCAAAAACAGUGUGUAAAGAAAGAAGGUUUAAGAUUUUUGACUUGGGUGUAGGUGCGGUUUCAGGAAUUUCAAAUUCUGAGGUGCCGGUGAUGCAAGCAGUUUAUGCUAGUAUGAAAGGAUUGAUCAAGGUUCAUAACCCGAGUGUCGUGAUCACAGUUGAUGAUAUCGAUUCAAGCGUGAAGAAAGCCUUGAAAAUGGCUACUGAAACAAAUUCAAAUGGUUCGGCUCUGGUUCAUUUGCCUAGACCCACCAUUACAAAGGCUCUUUGGAUGGCUGAUAUUCGCUCAACCGCUUUACCAAAUUGGAACCGAAUGACGAUAUCUGUGAACAUUAUAACUCAAAACCGAGUGAACUCUCUAAUGAGGCUACUCAAGUCGCUAAAGGAUGCAUAUUACCUAGGAGACGAGGUCCCAAUAAGCUUCAACAUGGACACUCGAGUCGACAACUCAACUCUAAGACUCAUAAAGAGCUUUGAUUGGCCUCAUGGACCAAAAACUCUAAGAAGACGAAUCAUCCAAGGAGGUCUAAUACGAGCGGUUAGUGAAAGUUGGUACCCGUCGUCUGAUGAUGACUUUGGUCUUCUAUUAGAAGACGAUAUCGAAGUCUCUCCUUAUUACUACUUAUGGGUAAAAUACGCACUUUUGUCAUAUCACUAUGACCCUCAAGUUUCAUUCCCUGAACUUUCGUCAAUCUCUUUAUACACACCACGUUUGGUUGAGGUCGUUAAAGAACGACCCAAAUGGAAUGCAACCGAAUACUUUAAACACAUUCAUCCAAACACACCUUACCUCCAUCAAUUACCGUGUAGUUGGGGUGCGGUUUUCUUUCCAAAACACUGGAGAGAGUUUUAUGUGUACAUGAACAUGAGGUUUACCGAAGAUGCAAAGAAAAACCCUGUACAAAUCCCGAAAUCAAGAACAAAUGGAUGGCAAGCUUCAUGGAAGAAGUUUUUGAUUGACAUGAUGUAUCUGAGAGGGUAUGUUAGUUUGUACCCAAACUUCCCUAACCAAAUGAGCUUUUCGACGAACCAUAUGGAGCCCGGGGCGCAUAUUAGUGCCAAAGACAACGUCGUUCGUCAUAACAAGACUGAUUUCGAGGUUCCCUUGUUGAAGGAUGACUUUAGAAACUAUUUGCCAAAUGGGAAAAUGCCACCGGCUUCAAAGUUGCCAUCCAUAAAUCUGUUUAAUCAAGCAGUUUCAUUGAAGGGGUUGAAAUCAGCAGGAUCAAAACUGAGACAAGAUGUGAUUAAUUGCACUGUUACUGAGGUAGUGAUGGUUGAUCAUGAAACUGGUCUUCCUUCACAUUGUGCAACUUUCUGAUUGUAAUGAUAUAUAUCUAACAGAUUCAUUUUUUUUAUGUUUAUUUUCUUUAAAUGUUGGAAUGAUUGAUUCCCAUUUGUAAACGAAUGGGAAUUGGAGGGGAGGAAAGGGAUAAAAUUUGUUAAGAAAUGACUUAACUU